AUGGCCGGGAGGGGCGCGAGUGGCCUAGUCCACAAGACUGGCCUCUGGAGCUCGCGCCUCUCGUCAUCCAUUGAGCACUUUAGUGCGAAUAUCCAGACCUGUCUGUGUCUCCUGUGUACCCUCUCUCGCACAGAGAUGUGGACGAGUGAAGAAAUCGCAGACAACAUGCCGCCUGGCUCCGACCCCUCGCCCGAGGGCGGUUCGGAGCUGGAGCGGCUCGAGACUCUCACAGAGACGCUUCGCGGCAAGCUGGCCGCGGCGAUGGCCAGAAAGGCGGACGGCGCCGCCGGCGGGAGCGACGCGGCCGAGCUGGUCGCCGGCUCGGGGCUGGCGUUGCUCGAGCUCAAGCAGCUCAACCGUCGUGUGUGGGAGCUGGUGGGGGAGUAUAAGGAGGGCACGCAGCGGGCCAACGCGGGGGUCGACGCCGCCGAGCUCAAGCUUCAGAAUCUGCAGUACGAGAAGAACCACUUUCUGCGAGAGAUCACGCACCUGCGCGACUUUCGGCAGGACGCGGGCCCGCGGAUCGAGCUGCUGCCCGAGAGCGAAUUCGCGGCGGCGGCCCCGGAGGAGCUGCGCGGCACGUCCAAGGCGGCCGACCCGCACCAGUUCCACCUCAACCGCCUCGAGCUCGAGCGGAGGCAGCGCGAGUCGCUUUGCGGCGAGCGGGACGCGAGGGCGGCGGAGCGCACGGCGGCGGCGGAGCGGAAUGCGGAGAAGCGGGCCUUCCUGGAGGGGCUGCAGGCGCAGCUGGCGCCCUCCUCCCUCCUCGUCAACCUUUUCGACCUCGACUCCGGCGCCGACCUCCCGCCCGCCACCCUCCCCUCCGGCCUGGCGCCGGACGAGGCGCUCGUGGCGCUGCUUCCCUCCGUCCCUUUCCGCUGGGCGCAGGAGCUUGGCUCGGACCUCCCGUCCGGCGCCGUGUCUGCGCACGCGCUGCCCGCCCUGCGCCGCUUCGAGCAGAACGCGGACUUCUUGAACGAGCUGCAGCCCGACCCUGCUUCUGCUGCCUUCGCUGUCCUCCCUGCGGCUGGCGGAGCGGCACGCGGGCGAGAGGGGGCGGAGGCAGCAGGCUGCCGCAGGGGAGCCGCGCAGGGGGCACCGUACCACCUCCUCUGGGUGCUGCACCGCGCGAGGAUGCUGCUCGACGUCUACCUCGAGACGGAGGGCGUCGGAGGAGGGGCGACCGCCGCGGUGUGCGGCACGCUCUGCAACCGGCGCGUGCGAGGCCGCGACCGCCGAAAGCCGUUCCACUUCAGCAAGACGACGAGCCAGUUCGACCAGGCAAUCUAG